UGUUUAUUAGAGAGUCAUCUCCCUUGUAACGCGUGAGAAAGCGAGAUUUCAGCGGCCUUUCGCCACGUCCAUUAUUAUCCCGACACCGGCGAACAGAUCAAGCAUAUGACCAUGUCGGACCAACCAUGUUAUACCCUGAUAAAUCUCCCGUCGGAUGCAGAGCCACCAACAGAAAUGCAGCUCCGCACAGACUUAGAAAAGGGAGACACACGAACCAAAACUGAUGCCCUGAAGAAGACCAUUCAGAUGAUACUGAAUGGGGAGAAGAUGCCCACCUUGUUGAUGACCAUCAUCAGGUUUGUGAUGCCUUCCCAGGAUCACAUGAUCAAGAAGUUACUUCUCAUCUUCUGGGAGGUUGUACCCAAGUAUACAGCAGACGGCAAGAUGUUGCACGAGAUGAUUCUUGUUUGUGAUGCUUAUAGGAAGGAUCUGCAGCACCCCAAUGAGUUUAUCCGUGGCUCCACGCUGCGUUUCCUGUGUAAACUGAAGGAACCAGAGCUGGUGGAGCCAUUGAUGCCAGCGAUCAGACAGUGUCUGGAACAUCGUCACUCAUAUGUCCGCAGAAAUGCAGUCCUGGCCAUCUACACCAUCUUCAGGAAUUUUGAUUUCCUCAUACCCGACGCCCCAGAGCUGAUCGCCAAGUUCUUAGAAACUGAGCAAGACAUGUCAUGUAAAAGAAACGCUUUCAUGAUGCUGAUUCAUGCUGAUCAGGAGCGAGCGCUGAACUACCUGAGUAGCUGUAUUGAUCAGGUGACGUCCUUCGGAGACAUCCUCCAGCUUGUCAUCGUCGAGUUGAUCUACAAGGUUUGCCAUGCCAAUCCGUCGGAGAGGGCACGUUUCAUCCGCUGUAUCUACAAUUUGUUGAACUCCUCCAGUCCGGCCGUCCGCUACGAGGCCGCAGGUACACUGGUCACACUAUCCAAUGCUCCAACAGCAAUCAAGGCUGCUGCUAGCUGUUACAUUGAAUUAAUCGUGAAGGAAAGCGAUAAUAACGUCAAAUUGAUCGUGCUUGAUCGACUCAUUGCUCUGAAGGAAGUUCCUUUACACGAAAAAGUUUUGCAGGAUCUAGUGAUGGACAUACUACGAGUGCUCAGUUCACCAGACCAUGAGGUCAGGAAGAAAACCUUGUCGUUAGCCCUGGAACUGGUGACAUCGAGGAAUAUGGAGGAGAUGGUACUAGUACUGAAGAAGGAAGUUGUGAAGACCAACAACGUUGAACACGAGGAUACCGGAAAAUACCGCCAGCUGCUCGUCCGGACUCUCCAUCAGUGCUGCAUCAAGUUCCCCGACAUUGCAGGCACAAUCAUACCCGUGCUGAUCGAGUUUCUGGGCGAUCAGAAUGAGUUGGCCGCCCUGGAUGUGCUGGUGUUUGUCAGAGAAGCUAUUCAAAGAUUUGAGGAACUGAGAUCACUUAUUGUCGCCAAACUUCUGGAGAUUUUCCCCUCCAUUAAGUCCAUCAAGGUGCAUCGGGCAGCCUUGUGGAUUCUCGGAGAGUACUGUACCAUAAACGAGGACAUACAGAGCGUUAUGAAUCUUAUCCGCCAGUCCAUCGGAGAGAUACCUAUUGUCGAUGACGAGAUCAAGAAAGCUGCAGGAGAAGUGAAGGACGAUGAGAUGCAGGGAGCAGGAGGUGCCCAGAAAUUGGUCACAGCAGAUGGAACUUACGCAACGCAGAGUGCAUUUAGCACAGUCACAGUUUCUAAGAAGGAGGACAGACCGCCUUUGAGACAGUACAUGAUGGAUGGUGACUUCUUUGUCGGAGCGGCGCUAGCCACCACCCUCACUAAACUGGCGCUUAGAUACAUCAUCAACACGGAUAACGUCAAGCGCCAAAACGCUUUCGUGGCAGAAUCUAUGCUGGUCAUGGCAUCAAUUAUUCAUUUUGGAAAAUCUGGACUUCCUACAAAGCCCAUCACUGACGACGACUUCGACCGUAUCGCAACCUGUCUGAGGGUGUUGGCCGAGAGGAGUCCCAUCAUGGAGGAAAUCUUCAAUAGGGAUUGCCGCGAGUCACUGUCUCUUAUGUUGGCAGCUAAGAUAGACGAGGAGAAAGAAAUGCAGAAAGUGUCGGAACGUCGAUUGGUGAAGGUCCAGGCAGACGAUCCUAUAGCUUUCUCACAGCUCAUCAACAAAGGAGAACUUGGUGCUACAGAGAACAUGUUCGAGUUGACACUCUCCCAGGCCCUGGGUAUGAACACCAAGAAAGAUGCUGACUCUGCCGGCUCCUCCAAACUCAACAAGGUGACGCAGCUCACAGGAUUUUCUGACCCGGUAUAUGCUGAAGCUUAUGUUAAUGUGAACCAGUUUGACAUUGUACUGGACGUACUGGUGGUCAAUCAGACCGGGGACACGCUACAGAACCUCACUCUGGAACUGGCCACUCUGGGAGAUUUGAAGCUUGUGGAGAAACCGUCGCCCCUGACCAUGGCACCUCAUGACUUCUGUAACAUCAAGGCUAACGUCAAGGUGGCCUCCACGGAAAAUGGAAUCAUCUUUGGAAAUAUCGUUUACGAUGUGACGGGAGCAGCCAGUGAUCGUAACUGUGUCGUCCUCAACGACAUUCAUAUCGACAUCAUGGACUACAUUGUGCCAGCCAUGUGUAAUGAUAGCGAGUUCCGCCAGAUGUGGGCCGAGUUUGAGUGGGAGAACAAGGUGGCAGUCAAUACAAAUAUUUCCAAUCUGUCCGAGUUCCUGCAUCACGUCAUCCAGUGCACCAAUAUGAAAUGUCUUACUCCAGAAAAGGCAUUAUCUGGGGAGUGUGGGUUCAUGGCGGCUAACUUAUAUGCCAAGUCGAUCUUCGGAGAGGAUGUGUUGGCUAACUUAAGUGUGGAGAAGCCGGCUCACCUGUCUAACGAGGCACCUGUACAGGGUCACAUAAGGAUUCGUGCCAAAAGUCAGGGUAUGGCUCUGAGUAUGGGAGACAAGAUCAACCUGUCGCAGAAAAAGGUGCACAAACCUGGGGCAUCGGCAUAGUGUAUCAACUCAACAGAAACAGCAUGAAACAGACAAGAAGGAAGUGUUGUCAUAGCAACCAGAAGCCAAGACAUGUCAAAAUGGAGUAAACGGCUAUGUACAGGACAUUGGUCAUCAGUGAUUUUGAAGUUGUUACGGAUGCUGUUUAUCUGUUAUAUGGGAGAAGAUUCAGGUGUUUAGUUAACUGUACAGGACAGUAUGCGGAAAGUCGUUAAUUUCCAAAUCGAAAACAUUGUACAAAUUGUAUGUAUGUUUUUGUAUGAAAAACAAUUGUAUUCAUUUUGAGAAUUUGGAAUCAAGUCAAAAAGUUACCUUGACUAGCCAUUGUUUUUAGAUAUACCCUCCAGUAUAUCGAUUUGUCACCAUCUUAUUAAUCGUGUUUUCCUCCUUAUUUAUUUACAAAUUCCAAGAGUUGAUGGUCGUCAAUUGUGACUUUACUUAUUUCAUUAACUAAAUUAUUCUUCUGUAGAAUUUGAAAGUUUAAAUCUUUCAUGCUUCAAAUCAUGGUGAUACUGUGUACUUGAACAAAAAUAAAUAUGAUAUACACUUAAAAUGUGUUUAUAU